AUGCGAUUAUCAGAGAAAAUCGACAAUUUGGACAGUUUCACUCCAUUCUAUACGUUUGAAUUCUUUCCUCCUCGGACAGAACAGGGAUUCGAAAAUCUCGUGAGUCGCAUAGGACGACUCUCGACACUCAAUCCUUUGGCUGUAAGCAUCACCUGGGGUGCUGGCGGAUCGACCAAGGAUUGGAGUUUGAAGCUCGCGGACAUUUGCCGCAAUGACCACAGCGUGGAUACGAUCAUGCACUUAACUUGCACAAAUAUGCAACCAGGAAUGGUUGAAGAUGCGUUGAGGACGGCCAUGGAGAAAGGAAUCCGAAACAUACUCGCGCUGAGAGGGGAUCCCCCGAGAGGGGCAGAUAGCUGGAUUCCAUCAGAUCCGAGGUUCACUUCCGCCACAGAUCUUGUCAAGUUCAUCAAGACUACACCAGAGUUUAGAGACUACUUCUGCAUCGGCGUUGCGGGAUAUCCCGACGGACACGCCGAAACUACUGCUUCGGAGGAGGAACAGAUUCAGUAUCUCAAAAAGAAGGUGGACGCGGGGGCUGAUUUUAUCAUCACACAGCUAUUUUACGAUCCCGAAUCUUUCCUGACCUGGCAAGAGAAUGUCAGGAAAGCCGGCAUCAAGAUUCCCGUCAUCCCGGGGAUUAUGCCGAUACAAACUUAUGCGUCGUUUAUGCGACUCAUAAAGCUUUGCGGAACUAAAGUUCCAGACUCACUUAUGGCACAGAUAACUCCCAUCCGCAAUGACGACCAGCUAGUUAAGGAUCUUGGAGUCGAAGUUGCUGUAUCGAUGAUUCGUAAACUGCAGCAGAUUGGCGUGCAAGGAUUUCAUUUUUGCACUUUCAAUCUCGAGAAGAGCGUACAGCGGGUAUUAGAGCAGCUUGGUUGGGUUGGAAGGCACGUUGAACAACACAACAUGGUCAUCAGCGAAUCGCCUAGCCGAAAUAAUCAGCCUGGAUCACUCCCACCCGAGCUGGUCAUUACUGCAUCAGAUAUCGCUGCAUCCACGUCGUACUCACUGAAACAAGCUCAUCCAGGCAAUGGACCGAACAACUCUGCUGGAAAGGGGGAGCUAAACGCUGCUGGGACAUGGGACGAGUUCCCGAAUGGCCGCUUUGGAGACUUUAAGAGCCCGGCAUUCGGUGUCAAAGACCUUUGGGACCACGGUAUCACGGCGCUGCCUCGCAAUGCAGUCGAGCUUUGGGGUCGACCGACGCACACUGCUGAUAUUACCACCGUCUUUCUACGCUACCUAAGAGGCGAGGUGCCAUCUACCCCUUGGUCAGAUUCUCCACUUUCACCUGAGAGUAAAUCGCUAGUACCCCUUCUCACAAAGCUCAACGAGAGAGGUUGGUGGACAGUUGGUUCUCAGCCGGCUGUCGAUGCCGUGCCAUCGGAAGAUGAGGUACAUGGAUGGGGCCCACGUGGAGGCUACGUAUUCCAAAAGGCAUUCGUGGAGUUUUUCUGCACAAGGGAUGAUGUGGCGGCGUUGGAAGCCAGAGCCAAGGAAAAGGGAAAAGGAUGGGUAACUUUCUUUGCAGCAAACAUGAUGGAUGACUAUGCGACAAAUAUGACUGAUGAAGGGAGCAAUGCGGUUACUUGGGGUGUGUUUCCCGGCAAAGAGAUAAAUUCUCCGACGAUCAUCGAGCGAGACUCAUUCCUAGCAUGGAAGGACGAGGCUUUCGGGUACUGGACAGAAUGGGGUCUAUUCUACCCACCAGAUUCGGCAGAGCGCAAGUUGCUAGACAGUGUUCGUGAUGAACGCUGGUUAAUCAGUCUCGUCCACCACAACUUCAAGGACCCUGAUGGGUUGUGGAACUUCCUACUCGACUGA